CUGUGCAAGACAUCAUUUCCUCAGAAUCUCUCUUUCCUAUAGGGUUUAUAAUUAUUAUUAUUACACACACAAGUUUUAAAUACUCACAAUGGCGUCAGGCUCAAUGUCUUCUUAUGGCUCAUCAGGCUCGUGGACUGUUAAGCAGAACAAAGCCUUUGAGCGUGCUCUAGCGGUCUACGACCAAGACACUCCUGACCGUUGGUACAAUGUUGCUAGAGCCGUUGGUGGUAAAACACCAGAGGAAGCUAAGAGACAAUAUGAACUUCUCGUGCGUGACAUCGAAAGCAUCGAGAAUGGUCAUGUCCCGUUCUCUGACUACAAGACUACUGGAGCUACCAACAGAGGCGGCGGCAGGCUGCGUGAUGAGGAAAAGAGGAUGAGAAGCAUGAAGCUGCAGUGAAACAAGAAGAAGCAACCAAAGACCUAAACUACUACGUACGUAAGAAAAUAAAAGAGAAGCAACGCCGACAGAUGUGUUUGUUUGUUUGUUUUUUCAAUUAAUGUUUUUAAUUGGUAUUUUCACGAAGCUUAGAAAUUUAAGCAAUCUGUAUUAUAUGUUUAGGGUUUCUUCGUAAUGAAAAAGCCUAUCUCUGAAUCAA